AAUAAAAAAUAAAAUUCAGCGGAAUCCCUACCAUCAUCAAAUAUUAAUUUGAUUCCUUUCGUUACUCUACAGGGAAGAGAAGAGAAGAGCGACACUUCCAAACUUCCUCGUUGCAGCAGCAGCAGCGGCGGCGUCGCAUCAUCAUCAUCAUCAUCACAAUCAUGGGUCUCGCUGUCCCACAUCUCCUCACUCUCUUCCUCUUCUUCUCUCUUAUCUGCUUCUCUCCCAUCCUCGCCGACUCCGACUUCGAAGGCUUCGAAGACGCCGACGAUAUCGACGAAGACUUGGACUCCUCACUCCCUCUCACCACCACCACCCAUCCAUCCCAAACACUCCUCACCGCGACGGCCACCUCCCAACCGGACCCGGUGCCGGAUCCCAGUGAUCCUGUUCCGGAUUCGGACCCAGCAUCAUCAACUACUGAUUCUCCUAAACCUUCUUCCACCAGCUUUGAGUAUUGGGACGAAGACGAGUUCGAAGGUCUACCACAGCAACGGCCACUCACAGUUACUGAAAAUGCUACUCCCUCUCCCGAUUCCGAUCUGAAACCCUCGACCGAUCCGAAACAACCACCCGAGAGUUCUUCCAGAUCUUACACGGUGGAGAUCGCCUGCGGAGGGUUCUUGAUCGUUUUCAUCAUCAAUUACUUCACCGGAAAGCGCGUGAACGAGAACCUCGCCCUGGCAUGGGCUGCCAAAUUCGCAACCAAGGGCACUAUUUUCGACAAGAACUUCAGUCUUUUGGGCGUUGGCGAAGGCGAUGACUCACCCUUGCUCUUGAAAGAAGGCCAGAACGUGUUCAAAUUCUAUGCCAGUGGGCGGAGGUGCUGCCAGGGGCUGUUGGCCACUAUGGAGCUUAAGAGCCGCCACGAUUUGAUCUCUUCCAUUUUCAAUUUGGUGGUGCCUAUUAGUAGAGACGAGAUUAGUUUCGAGGUUUAUAUGAAUGAUGAUGCCAUGGACCACGUGGUUUUUGCUGUGGCCAAGAAGAAGGCCGCCAAAGCAAUGCAGAAGGAGGUUCCCGACUUGCAGAAGUUCGCCACUAUUGUUUCGCCUCCUACUGGCAGGAAGUGGGUUGCCGACGACUUGGCGGUUAUCUCUGAGUCCAAAGAGGUAGCUGGGGAUUUAAUCACUGAGGCUGUUCUUGAUCAGGUUUUUGGUGAGAAAGUUUUUCAGAAAUUUGGAAAGGGUUUCAUGUAUAUGCAUUUUUCAGAUCAACAUCCAGGGCCUACACACAAGAAGAUGCUAUUGUUCAAGUAUGCACUACCUGAUGCUGAUAACAUGGCCGAUAUGACUCGUUUGGUGGCCUUGAUACCUUACUAUAUUGAUUUGAUUGGUCGUUACAAGCUAAGCAGUCAGGCCCGAUCCAAAACAGAAGCAACCAGAUCAAAGGCUGCUCAAGAGGCAUACAAAGAACUCCAAAACGCUAGGCAAGAAGCUUUGCAAAGAAAGAAGGCAGAGAGGAAAAAAUUGAUGGAGGAGGCUGAGGCUAAGCUUAGUGCAGAGAGUAUUCGCAAGAAGGAAGCAAAGGAGCGUGCUCGUCAAAUGAAGAAGGCAAUGCCUAAAAUGAAAAUGACCCGUGCUAGCUAAUUGUUACAGUUUUAUUGUUAUUGGUUACUCUGUGUUCUUCUUCUUCUUCUUUAAUAUACUCAUGAUAUUUCAGUUGGCCAUUGCUUGCCAUAAGUUUUGCUUCUGAACCUUCGUAAGUUGUACCCUAAUUGUUUGAAUUAGCUUCUCUCUAACAUUUCAUAUCAGUAGAUUUUGAAUAUACCAGAAUUAUGUGCCUCACA